AUGUUCUUCGACAAGAUCCCUUAUCUGAGUGAUUUUCGGAAGACACUAAAGCGCCAUGUUCUCGAUGACGCUGUCGACAGCCUGCACUACAGCACCACCGCCGAAGUCCUUGUCUUCUUCGCUGUGUUGAUCUCGGCCAAACAAGCAUUUGGCCAUCCAAUCGAUUGCUGGACCCCCGCCGAAUUCAGCGGCGCCUGGAAGGACUACACGAAUUCGUACUGCUUCACGUCCAACACCUACUUCAUCAAGGCAAACGAGACUGACUCGAUCGACUCACCGGAUCGUGGACAUGACAGUCGAAUCUCCUACUAUCAAUGGGUGCCUUUCCUGCUGGCCUUGCAGGCCCUGUGCUUUUAUCUGCCGAAUUGGUUGUGGAAGCGGACCACCUCGGCUUUCGGUAUCGAUUUGGAGCAUUGCGUUCUGGAAGCCCAAAAAAUGAAGAAUAUGAGCCGCGACAAGCGCGCCGAGAAGCUCGAUGAAGUCGCCGCCACGCUCUCGGAGGCGCUUGGUCUGCACGACGUCGCAAAGUUCAAACGGCGCAAUCGUUGUUUUGGAUGGAGGGCCGACUACCUCUCCCAUUCGUUGACCACCAUCUACUUCCUUACCAAGCUGUUGUACAUCGGAAAUAUCCUGCUGCAAAUCUUCAUCUUGGGAUGGUUCCUCGGCCGCGAUUGGACGCACUGGGGUUUACUGCCGGUGCUCGGACUGAUUCAAGGCCAGGAUUGGUCGCAGACCGGCCUGUUUCCCCGCGUCACCUUCUGCGACUUUGCCAUCCACUCAAACGGCGCUUUGGUUGAAAGGACUGUCCAAUGUGUUCUGAUGAUCAACAUGUACAACGAGAAGAUUUUCCUGGUCCUGUGGUGCCUUUUCUGUAUUCUCCUCGGCUUGACCGUGCUCAACACGCUCAUCAUGAUGGUCAACCACGUUUUCCACUUCCGCAAGGCCAUCAGAGUGCGCAGGUGGUUGAAGUAUGCGCCCGGUUUCCAGCGUUCAGAAGCUGCUCGUUUCUCGCGUGAAGUGCUCAAGUCGGAUGGCUACCUUGCUCUGUGCUUUAUCGAACGUCAUGCCGGCUUGCCAAUCACGCGUGAGAUUGCCGAUGUUUUGUGGACCCACUGGACGUCCCAUAACGAAGACCUUGUGUCACUUGUGACCUUGCAGACAUACACACCUUCGAUAGACCCUCGCCCUGAGGAGACGACAAUUUUGGAGCAACCUGCACGCGUCACGGCACCGAAAAAGAUCAGGGUCCGGGUGCCCGCU